AUGUUCACUACAUUAUAUUGAUACUUGUUUUUGGAUAGUGUUAAGCAAGAAUUUCAGUUAAGAAACUGUUAUCUUUUAUCUAAAGCAAGCCUUGGCAAAAUACGUGAGCCGUAAUUUAAUUUGUUGAUCAGUGUUUUUAUCAGGUUCAAAAGAAACAAUCAUUUAAUACCGAAAUUGUUGGUCUGAUAUGGAAGAACACAUAACACAGUUCUAAAAAUCUAAGAAGCUGAAGACUUCUACAUUUGCUUUUGCCCAGGACUUCAUGUACUUUUAUUGUCCAACUCUAAUGCCUGAUUAAUUUGGAUUUUGUAGGGUUUUGAAGUAUUGCAAAAAUUAGCCUGCUUUUUGUCAAACUCGGGUUGGUAAAAAUGCAUGCAUAGUUUCAGACAAUGGAAAUUUAUUGUACUUUUGAAGUCUCUGAAAACUUCUAGUUACAUUCAAGAUCCGUAUCUGCAUUUGUAUUCCAUCCAGGAAUGUGCUGAGGCAUUUAAGAACUACUUUCCAAAGGAAAUUGUGUAUUUUCAUGUGUCAUUGCAACAGUUCUGAAAAUACACUGAUGUUCAAAUGGUUCUGGAAAUGUCACACAAGUAGAUAUGCUGGUUCUGACAAGAUUAUAAACCCACCAUCAAUCUUGCGUACUUGCAGAGCCAAGAAAGUAUCGACUGGGGAUGCUGGAGGAGAGGAUAGUUCCGGUGGGAUCAAAGGCACGAAAAUCAAAGAACACCAUUGGCUGCUUGGCUGACAGGUGUAAAACAGGAGUACCCAUCAAUAUGGUUUGGUGGAACAGAGUCACAGAAAACAAUUUACAGACGCCAAAUCCCACUGCAAGUGAGUUUAUUCCUAAAGGAGGAUCAAACUCCCGACUUGGUAAUAUGUCACAGUCAAAUAUCUCUGCCUUCUCUCAAGCCUUGUUUUCUCAUCCUUCCAUGGGAAAUCCUGCAAAUCCUGGGUUAGCUCCAGGUAUGUCACUGUCAGCAGGAUCUUCGCCCCUUCACUCUCCUAAAAUCACUCCUCACACAUCUCCUGCUCCUAGAAGAAGAAGUCAUACACCAAACCCAGCAAAUUAUAUGGUGCCUACUAGUGCCUCUACACCAGUUACUAAUGCUGUCUCGCAGCCCCCAGCUACUGGGCAAGUGAUUCAGAAAGAAACUGUGGGUGGAACAACCUAUUUCUAUACUGAUACAACUCCUGCACCUCUAACUGGAAUGGUAUUCCCAAAUUAUCACAUUUAUCCUCCAACUGCACCUCAUGUUGCUUAUAUGCAGCCAAAAGCUAAUGCACCUUCCUUCUUCAUGGCUGAUGAACUCAGACAGGAGCUGAUCAACAGACACUUAAUUACAAUGGCUCAGAUAGAUCAAGCAGACAUGCCUGCUGUCCCAACAGAAGUUGACAGCUACCACAGCCUUUUCCCUUUAGAACCACUGCCACCACCCAAUCGGAUACAGAAAACAAGCAACUUUGGGUACAUAACAUCAUGCUACAAAGCUGUAAAUAGCAAAGAUGAUCUGCCAUAUUGCCUUCGGAGGAUACAUGGUUUUCGUCUUGUUAAUACAAAAUGCAUGGUAUUAGUUGACAUGUGGAAAAAAAUCCAGCAUUCAAAUAUAAUAACAUUGCGAGAAGUAUUCACCACUAAAGCAUUUGGAGAGCAUUCUCUUGUGUUUGCAUAUGAUUUCCAUGCUGGAGGAGAGACUAUGAUGAGCAGGCAUUUCAAUGAUCCUAGUGCUGAUGCCUACUUCACAAAACGGAAGUGGGGUCAGCAUGAUGGACCUCUGCCCCGGCAACAUGCAGGAUUGCUGCCCGAGUCCCUGAUUUGGGCCUAUAUUGUGCAGCUUAGCUCUGCAUUGCGGACUAUUCAUACAGCAGGAUUGGCCUGUCGAGUAAUGGAUCCCACAAAGAUUCUGGUAACUGGCAAAACAAGGUUGAGAGUGAACUGCGUUGGAGUCUUUGAUGUGUUAACAUUUGAUAACAGCCAAAAUAAUCCUUUGGCUCUAAUGGCCCAAUAUCAGCAAGCAGACUUGAUCUCCCUUGGGAAGGUUGUGCUGGCUUUGGCUUGCAAUUCUUUGGCAGGAAUUCAGAGAGAGAAUUUGCAGAAAGCGAUGGAGCUGGUGACAAUCAACUAUUCCUCUGAUUUGAAGAAUCUUAUUUUAUAUUUGCUGACUGACCAAAACAGGCUUCGAAGUGUCAAUGAUAUCAUGCCUAUGAUUGGUGCAAGAUUCUAUACUCAGUUGGAUGCUGCCCAAAUGAGGAACGAUGUUAUAGAAGAAGAUCUUGCAAAGGAGGUUCAGAAUGGAAGAUUAUUUCGUCUUCUUGCAAAAUUGGGAACAAUCAAUGAAAGGCCAGAGUUCCAGAAGGAUCCAACAUGGUCGGAAACUGGAGACAGGUAUCUCCUGAAGCUCUUUAGGGAUCAUCUUUUCCAUCAGGUGACAGAAGCGGGUACUCCUUGGAUAGAUCUCAGUCACAUUAUCUCUUGUCUUAACAAGUUAGAUGCUGGUGUGCCAGAAAAAAUAAGCCUCAUUUCCAGAGAUGAGAAGAGUGUCCUUGUGGUGGCAUAUAGCGACCUAAAACGCUGCUUUGAAAAUACUUUUCAAGAACUGAUUGCAGCCACGAACGGCCAGUUGUAGUACUUGCAAAAAGCAUGCAGGACAUUGCUGAGGAACAGAACCAAGAGCAAAUUGCACUACAACGGAUUGUCAUCAUCUCAUUUCAUAUUUUGGGAAACAAAACACCACGAGAUGUUGCACUUCGGUCAGGUACACUGUUACUUGAAGGGAAGAAUGUUUUUGCUUACCCUGGAGCUCUGGCUGCCAUUGGAGGCUUUAUCUGUGAAGAAUUUAUUUUAAAGGAACACAUCAGGGGCAUGAUGUUCCUGCUUUUAUUUUUUUUCCACUUGUAUAUGCACUAAUUUUAAUUUUUAAAAACUUUCUGAUCCCUGAUGUUUUGCCACAUUGGAUACUUACUAAGGGAAUCUCUUUGCAAAGACAUUUCUGGGAUUUUUUUUUUUUUUUUUUGCCACUGAAUAUACUGCAAUUUAUUGGUUUUAAUAUUAUUUGCACCCCAAAUACUAUAAAGGACCAGGUAAAUAAUUUCAUAGAAAUUGUGUUCUGUAAAUUACAGUGUAGCUUGUAACCUCUGUAAAACUGUAUAAUAUGCCAUCCACUGUUUGAUUAAUUAAUCAAACGAGAAGAGGAAUAUUUAAAACAAAACAAAAAAAAUCAAGUAAAAUAUCUCAGAAACAUCAUAUAUAAAAUCCCUUUUAUUUGGCUGAAGCUUUGUCAAAGCAAAACAGCACCAUUUGAGUUGUGUACUUUCAGGGGUUAACCCAAUUUGUUCUAAACACAACCAGCGCCUUUUAAAUAAAAUACCUGUUUCUAUAUUUUCCUGCUAAUCAGAUACAUUUACAUUUAUGCAAUUUUUAAUAGACUUUUUAAAAAGUAAUUGUUGCAAUCCUGAGAGUUCAGGAAUGUAUUCCUUUAAGUUACCUAUAAUACCCUUCUUUUGUAUAAAGUUCUGUUCUUUGAACCACAGCUUUAUUAUGGUACUUUACACUGGAUACGGAUACAGAGACACUGUUCAGAAGAUUAAGUACACACAGCAGUUGUCUGGCAUCGAGAGCUUUUGAAGUUUUAUAGUCUGAUUCUGGAGGAAUGAUGGUCUGCUGUGCCUUUGCAGUCACUGCUUAGCCCAAAGUAAUAUUACCUUUGAUAAUACUCAACACAUGAAUAUUCAGUCUUCAAGUCUGGAUUUUUCCCCCCUUAAAUAACUUUCCGAUACUGGACCCACUAUUAUCUGCAAGCUUGGGUAUUCAAGGGAACUUAUAGUAGAACGUCUACACUUUGAUACUGAUGACUGCCAAAUAUAUAGGACUAUUUUUUUUCCUUUCUCAAAGCGGUAGUGAAGACUGUAUAUCGGCAUCCUUUACCCAGCACUGAAUAUUUAAUAGCACUGGGUGCUUACCACGAAGAAAAUAUGGAAACUUUCUCCAAAAGGUGUCAGAACUGAUUCAAAGCACUUGCAACUGAUGUUACUGACAUCCAUUUUAUUCUUGAUAUUUGUAAUUUCAGAUAAAUUUUUAAUAAUUCUCUCCAGUUUUAUAAGCUUUAAUGAUGACACUCCUACUUUAGAUUUAUCUCAAGAAAACAGUGCUCUUCAUAAUGAAGACUUUGGAAAACAGAGGCCACCUUUAACACCUUUACUUAAACAUAAUGGAGCCUGAAAUUGGUAGUAUCAAUUGAUGAGCUGAAAUAAAUAAAAGCCAAUUAUUUUAAUCUGGCAGAAAAUUAAACCAUAAUGUUUAUUAUUCAGAAGAUAACAGUUGCCAUAACAUUAUUUUUUAAUAUCAUAAGGAACAGGGACUUUAAGAUAUGAAUAUGGCAAACCAGUCUUUUAUCAUUAGCUCAUGUAUUUGAUGAAGAGCAGCUGUCUUUUUAUAUGUUUUUGAAAAUCAUAUUGUAAUUCUUUUGUACAAAAAGAAGUAGUAAUUGUAUUCUAGGAGAAAUAUUGAAUGCUUUAUUUAUAAGCGGGCUGAGGCUUCUUUUUUCCCACUAUUGUGUUUCGUUUUGGGUUGUUUUUUUUUUUAAAUGAAAGGGGAUCAUCUCUUCAGUUGCAGGAAUUGGAAAGUUUUCAACAGAUUAUUUUGUGGACCAAUAUAUCAGGAAAAGCAAAGGCAGGGGUAAAGCAGGGCUUCAGUCUCAUCCUCGCUGUACAAGCAAGGCCCACCUCAUAAAGACAAAUUGCAUUUUGCAAACCUUUGUCAGCACAUGGUAUCCAUUCCUUGGCCCCAGUAAUCUCAGGACUUGUUUUAAAGUAAAUUUUACAAAAUGAAACGUGCAGAGAGCCAAUAUGUUUCCAUAUGUAAAUGUUACCUAGAAAUAAUUGCUGUUGGGUAAUGCAUAGAACAAUGUGGAAUUUUGUUUUGUUUUUUUAUGUGGUCCAUGUUUUUUCUACUUGGUGUUUUUUGGGGGGAGAAUCCUUCCACUCCAGUACAAUUCCAGCUAGAAGUCUGUCCAGCAUGUUCCUUUCAUGAGAAGAGUUAUGUACGUGAUCUCUAAAACAGAAUAACAAUUUUAAAAAGGCAAUGCCUGCUUUUUCCACACAGGGAAACAAUUCUAACCUUCCUGUUUUACAGUACAAAGCACAGAAUGGGCAACCUUUGAAAUCAUGUGAUACUAGUUUAAAUUUAAAUUGUCCUGUUUUAGAUUGCUUGUUUGGACUUUUGUUUCUGCUACACUGUAAAUAUUUGGGGGGUAUAUAAUGUGAUUUUUUUGUUUUUCAUUUUGCCCUUGUCCCAGUAAAAUUCUAGAUGUGAGCAUCUUCCCCUAAAAAGCACCGGUAUGUUACAUUCUGAUGUCAUGAUCCCACUAUGUGUUACCUUUUAAUCCUGUUUUUCAUUCUUUUCACAUGUACAGCAGUAUUUUUAAUAAAGAAUACCAGAAAUAAUAUGGCUUCCUUUGAGCAAGCAAAGA